AUGUCAACAAGGGAGCCACAAUCCUCAUCAAAUGAUGUUGCUGCCACAAUUGUUAGAACCACAGACAGAAAAUGGUGGCUUAAAAUGGCCACAUACACCCUUUGUGUCCUUUUUGGGCAAAUAUUGGCAACCCUCCUUGUAAGACUAUACUACAACAAAGGUGGAAAAAAUGUUUGGUUGACAUCACUAGUAGAAACUAUUGGCUUUCCUAUUCUUAUACCUUUUUAUCUAUAUUUUAAACCAUUAACAUAUCAUCAACUAAAUACAAAUAAUAACACACAAAACACACAACCUUCCCUUUGGGUUCUUUCAGGAAUCUACAUUUCUCUUGGAUUACUACAAUCAGUAACAAGUAUAUUAUACUCACUUGGAUUAUACUACCUUCCCUUAUCAACAUUUUCACUCAUUAGCACAACACAACUCGCUUUCAACGCUUUCUUUGCUUUCUUUCUAAAUGCCCAAAAAUUGACGCCCUUGAUUAUCAACUCAUUAGUACUUUUAACAAUAUCAACAGUUUUAUUAGUCCUUCAAAGUGAUUCAGAAGAAAAUCAAGUAGGUGUGUCACAAGAUCAACAACAUUUAAAGUUAGGAUUUGUAGUUACGAUCGUUGCAUCUGCACUUUAUUCAUUAGGCCUUUCCUUAACUCAAUUGUCAUUUCAAAAAGUACUAAAAGGAGAAACUUUCUCUAUAGUAUUGAAUAUGAUUAUCUACCAGUCAUUAGUGGCAUCAAUAGUCACAAUCAUCGCAUUAUUCGUGAGUGGUCAAUGGAACGACUUGCAGGGUGAAAUGGUGAGCUUUGAAUUAGGAAAUAUAUCAUAUUGGGUUAUUAUUAUUUGCGUCGCGAUUGCAUGGCAAAUUGCUACAAUUGGUGGAGUUGGGUUGAUCUUUGAGGUGUCAUCACUCUUUUCUAAUGUGAUCAGUACUCUGGCUCUACCCAUUAUUCCGGUUCUGGCAGUUAUCGUAUUUCAUGAAAAGAUGAAUGGGAUUAAGGUAAUUGCCACAGUGCUGGCUAUAUGGGGUUUUGCUUCUUAUGUGUACCAACAUUAUCUUGAUGAGUCCCAACCCGCAAUUCAAAGUGAAGUUAUUGACGAGGUUGUUGAAGAGGUAGUUGACGAGGUUGUUGAAACAUUACCAGAACCUUCAUAAUCAAUACUAACUUUUACUGGAAGCUACAUACUAUGUGUUGCUAUUAUCUCCAAAAUUUGUAAAUCAUAAGUAUAGCUUAUGAUUGGAUCAUGUUUCCUUAUUUUCUAUUUUUUAUGUUUUUUUGAAUCUAAAUAAUUAUCGAA